AUGAACGACGCUGGUGAUGACGUAUCUUCAUUAAACCCUGGCUACCUCACACCACCGCUAUCACCGACGAAGACUGUCAGCACCGAAGACUGGCCGUCACCAAGAACACCUGAGUCGCCUCGCAAAAGUCGCAGCUGUCUCUUCUUCCGGGACAUUAACAGUGCCACUCGCAACAUUCAUCUGGCCCAGCCAUCUUCCCCUAGGAAGUCCAAGUUCACUUCUUGUCUCGAGUCACUCUCCAUUCCAGCCCUCAGUCCAACUAAUUGCGGUUCUCUAUCAGUGCUGUCAGAUGAUAAUCCAUUUGUCGGAUCAAAGCGACUUACUGCAACUGAUCCACCUUCACGUGUCUCUCCUUCUUUCGCUAUCGCAUACACUCAUUCUCCACCUGUGCCAGAUACACACUCUAUAUAUAGUGAAGAGGUACUUCGCUCAAACAGAACCCACAUUUUAAGUCCAGCUCGAGGCACGUCACCUUCAAACGAGCGAAGGGGCAGUGACCGCAUUUCUUCAGACAGCUUAGUCGACAAUAUCCGCUGUACACCAUCUCCGCCACCGAGACCUGGUCAGGCACAUAUCACUCAGGACGACCUAAACCUACCCAGCUCGACUUGUAUUGAUCAGGAUUCGGAGAAGAGUGUGCCACUGAAUAAAUUGCGCCGAUUGUCUUUACGAUGUGCCGGUUCUCCCUUACGGUCCAGCCAAUCUAUGGUCCGAGACAGCCUGCUUUCAUCACCGCAUUAUAGUCAAACAGGUACACCGGAUCGCUUCAUUGCCUACCGUCGACCACCUGCCGUCGCCCGAGAAAGCUUUGAACUCAACAGUCCUGCAGAACGCCGAAAGAAGGACCAGGCGGCUACUCAAGGUACUCAUACAAACAUAGACGCCUUCAGUCGUCGACUACGUCGGAGCGGUCGAAUGAAUGAAGAAUUGCGCGGGCUCCGAGAGGCACAUUCUAUGAUUUCAGGAAGGGCUAGCGCCAACAGGAGAAAUGUCCAUGUCCGACGAGGUUCGGUUCCCCUGGCCGUUCGCCAGGUCAGUGCUGGCGCGGUCUGGAACGUCGGAGGGCCUUCUGCAGUAAGCGAUACAGUGGUAGCCGUCUCCACUGGAAGAGGUAGGAUGCUCGGUAGUGGAACAAAUGCGCCACUGUACAAGUCUGCGUUCCUCAAUCGGGCGGAUCCUGAAGCUGAGCUAGAGGCAUACGCACAGCGCCUUGCACUUGCACUGGACAUUGACCAAAGUGAUCGCGUAUUCCAACAUUCAGCUUUGCCUGGUUCUCGGAGCUCUUUAGAUUCCUGCACAGCACGACAGACCAAGCAUGUAUGGCGAGACAGUGCAUGGAUCAGAGACGGGUUCAGCUCACUUCUUGACGCACCUGAGCUUCGUGAUGAUUACUAUUGCACGCUACUCGCAUACUCUUACACAGCCAAAUGUCUUGCCGUCGGCCUGGGGAACUUUGUGCAUAUCUGGUCAGAGCGCAGUGGUGUCAAUACUCCAGAAUCGCUCAAUGCGACACCACCAGACAGCAGUCCUGAAAACCGGCACAUUACGUCUCUAGGCUUUUCGUCGCAAGCAGGCGGUCAAGCAAUCCUGGCUGUAGGUCGAGCAGACGGACGCAUCUCACUUUGGAGUCCCUUUGACUCAGAACCUCGCUUUGAUGUUACACAGCCCAAGCCAGUCUCAUGUGUAUCCUGGAGGCCGACUGUUGUGCAGCGGCCCUCACUUCGUGACCGAGCGAUGAUGGUACCGACGGAAGAGUUGCUCAUCGGGGACGAAGUGGGACACAUCUACUUUUACACCGUAGAAUGGCCUUCAGAAACCCAAAGUGCGCUGUUUGGCUGGCACGGGGCUAUGACGCUUCUCGCUCGUCUGACGAUUCACAGCCAGCAAAUCUGCGGCCUCACAUGGUCUCCGGAUGGCCAGCUCUUUGCAAGCGGCGGCAACGACAACAAGUGCAAUCUCUUUGAAACAAGGGAAGUCCUUCGGCCAAGCCCACCCAGCGCAGACGCAGCCACUGUUCUCGAUGUCCGUGGACCUAACGGGGAGUCAAUCUAUACGGUGACGAAUCGCAGCAAUCCAGUCCUGCACCUCAACCAGUCGGCAGCAAAACACACAUGGACACUGAAUGCGGCUGUCAAGGCAAUGGCCUUUUGUCCCUGGCAACGUGGACUGAUUGCGAUUGGCGGCGGUUCAAACGACCGAUGUGUCCGCUUCUACCAUACGCGCUCUGGCACUUGCCUCGCAAUCAUUGACUGCGCAGCCCAAGUCACCAGCCUCGUUUGGUCGCAGACACGGCGCGAGAUAGCAGCAACUUUUGGCUUUGCGCAGCCCGAACAUCCUUACCGUAUCGCUGUGUUUGCGUGGCCAAGCUGCGAGCAGGUCGUUGCCGUACCGUGGUAUGAUGAGAGCCGGGCUUUGUGCGCAAUAGCAUACCCAGGCGGUCCUACGAGUGGCGCAAGACCAGAUAAUGACGCUGAUGAUGGGAGAGCGAGAAGAGGUGUUGAAGAAGGGUGUAUCGUGGUUGCGGCUAGUGAUAUGGCGAUACGUUUCCAUGAGAUAUGGUCUGACCGUCGAAGUGGUGUGCCAUCUGGCGAUCUGUUGGGUAACGGGACGAUGGGAUUACUGGGCGGGAGUGAUAUCCUAGAGGGCCCAUACGCUGGGGGCAUUGAAAGGCAGGGCACAGUAAUAAGAUGA